AUGUCUCAACUGAAGAACGUCUUAACAAAGCUUACCAAUGCUCAAGAUGGAGAUACCGAACCACAACCAGAGACUCUUGUCUCCAAACCCCCUCCCAAGCCUGAGAUGUCAGUGGCACCACCGCGCUUCCUCAUCAUCGGCGCUGGAUCACGAGGGCAGAACUACGCCUCAGCAAUCGACAGCGUAUCCAAUGGCGUUGUCGCCGCUGUUGCUGAACCCUUGAAGUUCAAGCGCGAGUCCCUCGGCCGAGCUCACAUCUGGGGUGAAGGCUCCCCUGGAGAAGGCCAGUCUUUCCAUGACUGGCGAGAAUUCUUUGCAUAUGAGCAGGAUCGUCGAAGGCGAGCUGCUUCGGGUGAAGAGAAUGUACCGGAAGGUGUUGAUGGAGUCUUUGUUUGCGUACUCGACGAGAUGCACCGUGAGGUUAUCGUCGGUCUUGCACCACUAGGGCUACACAUCAUGUGUGAGAAACCUCUUGCGUGUUCCCUUCAAGACUGCAUCGACAUGUACAAGGCCAUGCGUCCCUCUCAAUCCACCAAGAUCUUCUCAAUCGGCCAUGUGCUGCGAUACAGCCCACACAACAUCAUGCUCCGCAAGCUUCUCAUUGAGGAGCGUGUCAUCGGCGAAAUUUCAAGCGCUGUACACACAGAGCCCGUAGGUUGGUGGCACUUCACGCACUCAUAUGUCAGGGGAAACUGGCGCAACGAGAAUACCACUGCGCCAUCCUUGUUGACUAAGAGCUGCCACGAUAUCGAUCUGUUGCUCUGGCUGCUCUGCUCUCCUGAGAAACCAGGACAGGGAGAGCCACAUCUCCCUGAAACGGUCUCAUCUGCUGGGAACCUUCAUCUCUUCAAGAAAAGUCGUAAGCCCAAGGCUGCAGGGUCGGCAACAAACUGCAUGAAAUGCCCCCUCGGAGACGAAGGGUGCAAAUUCUCUGCAAAGAACAUUUACCUGGGCCCCAAACUCAAGGGUCUGCAGGCCGGCAACACAAGAUGGCCAGUCAGUAUCGUCGUCCAUGACAUUGAAGACUACCCCUCCCACCAGAAGAAGGAAGAAAUGUUGAUCAAGGCUCUGGAGGAAGACUACGACGAGUCUACACCAAAGUCGGAGAUCCAAGCUCGUAACUGGUUCGGUCGUUGUGUCUUUGAAGCUGACAACAAUGUCUGUGACGACCAGUUCGUCACCAUUACCUGGCCCGAGUCCACCAAGCCUUCAAAGACAGCUACUCUGCAUAUGGUCGCUCAGACAACUAAGAUCUGCGAACGCUACUCUAACUUUUAUGGCGAACAUGGCGAGGUUCACGCUAAUUCACGUCGCAUCGUUGUUGAGGAUUUCAACACAGGCGAGGUGAAGACAUAUCAUCCUCGUGUCGAAGAUCUUGGCCAUGGUGGCGGAGACUUGGGUCUGACACGCCAGUUUGUCAUGGCAUGUGAUCGCGUCAAGAAUCAUGACUGGGAGGCUCCUCGUGCUCAAGAUGAGUUUAUUGGAUGCACUCUUGAGGAGGUGCUGCGAAGCCAUGCUAUGGUCUUUGCGGCUGAGGAGGCGAGACUUGGUCGUAAGGUGCUUGACUGGAAAGAAUGGUGGAACGAGGCUGUUGGAGAGAAACUGGAAACUCACAGGCAUGCAUAA